UCACGCUUAAGUGUUUGAGGUGUUGAAAUCGAUACGAAUCGAUCAAUCGAUGUGUGGAUUUUACAAGUAAUGUGAAAUGAAUGGAUUAUGUGAGGUGCCGUGUAACGCUUUACAGUUGCGUUUUCAGUUAAUAGGCAAAUACCGUGUUCUCUCCUGUUAUUCAAUUUUAAUCUUCAAAAUCUUGACAUCAGAAAUUAUUUAAUUACGUUACAGCCUUUUUAUUAUUCUAUUUUUGUGUCUGAAAACUGAACUACGGCGUUACACGAACCCUGACAGUUUGUCUCGUAAAUGGCCCAAUGUUUAUGAGUGUUAUUUGUGAGUAAAGCGCAUUCAUUCAUAUGUAAAUAACAUAUUCGAUUCGGAUUUGUAUUUCUUUGUUAAUUGUUUUCCUCAUGUUAAACAAGACAAAAUGUCCAAUCAUACAGGAACAAGAAACUGAGAACAUCUGAAAUCCAUGUGACACUAUUAUCAAGAUGGCAUUUAUUAAAGAGGAGAUUGAAGACGUGAGCAUUUCAGAAACAUUCAGAGUGAAAAAUGAAGAUGCAGAGGAUGACACAGACCUGGUGGUGAUGAAAGUGGAAAGUCAAGAACUGUACGAAAUGGAAGAGGAAGAUCCAUACGAUAAACAUCACGGAGAAAAAAUUUGCUCGCAGACUGAAAAGGAGCCCUCUCAAAAAAAAUCUCGAAAGAAAAGUUUUAAAAACUGUUACAUCUGCCCUCAAUGUGGCAGGAAUUUCACUUAUGAGAAAAGCCUUAAAAAACAUGAGUUAAUGCACAAUGUACAGUGCCCUUUCACCUGCCAACAGUGUGGGAACAUUUUCACUACGAACGGAAGCCUUAAAAACCACAUGAGAAUUCACACCGGAGAGAAGCCUUUCACAUGUAAUCAGUGUGGAAAGAGUUACACACGAAGCAAGACCUUAAAGGAUCACAUGAGGAUUCACACCGGAGAAAGGCCUUUUAAGUGUGAUCAGUGUGGAAAGAGUUACAUACGAAGUAAAACCUUAAAGGAUCACAUGAGGAUUCACACUGGAGAAAGACCUUUCAAAUGCGAUCAGUGUGGAAAGAGUUUCAUACAUAAAGUAACCCUUAAUUUACACAAGAGAAUUCACUUAAGAGAGAGCCAUUUUAUUUGCCAUCAGUGUGGAAAAAGUUUCAAAGACAUAGAACGCCUUAACAGGCAUGUGAUAAUUCACUCUGGAGAGAAGCCCUUCAAGUGCCAGCAAUGUGGAAAGGGGUUCCAAAUCAAAAACAACCUAAAGGCACAUAUGAGAUGUCACAUCGAGGAAAAGCCUUUCAAGUGCCAUCAAUGUGGAAAGUGUUUAAAACAUGAAACAUCCCUUAAUUACCACAUGAGACUUCACACUGGAGAAAGGCCUUUCACCUGCCUUCAGUGUGGAAAGAGUUUCAUUCUUGAAGGACAACUUAGUCGUCACAUAAGAUACAUUCACACCGAGGAGAAGCCUUUCGUGUGUCAUUACUGUGGAAGGAUUUGUGAAAGCAAAUCAAACCUUAAGAUUCACAUUCAAGUUCACACUGGAGAAAAGCCUUUCUCUUGCCCUCAGUGUGGAAAGAGUUUCAUACAUAAAGGUCUCCUUAAUUAUCACAUGAGGCUUCACACUGGAGAAAAGCCCUUCAGCUGCCAUCAGUGUGGAAUGAGUUUCAGAUAUAAAGGACUUCUUAAUGGUCAUGUGAGAAGUGUUCACACCAAUGAGAAGCCUUUUACGUGCCAUCACUGUGGAAGGAUUUGCGAAAGCAAAUCUAAACUUCAGAUUCACAUGCGAAUUCACACUGGAGAAAAGCCGUUCUCCUGUCCUUGUGGUAAAAGUUUCGCACUUAAAGGAAACCUUACGGCUCACAUGAGGCUUCACACUGGAGACCGGCCUUACAUGUGUGUUCAGUUCAUGAACUUGCACAACUUUGGAACAAUGGUUCAAAAUGAAUAG